UCUGAAAGAGUACCGGUCGCCAAAAGUUCGACCCCUCUGGUUCACGACAGAUGCGCUUAUCACCUGACCUGUCUAGUUGUGUUGCUUUUUCUUCUCGAUGUAUGGUCUGUUGCCUAUAUGCGUGACAUGUUAAUGAUUCGGAAUGGUGUUCAUCGCGAUAAUUCUCUCUUUCUUUAGUGUCUUAGUGAGCAUUUACUAUGGCUAGCAGAGCAAGCGGAAAUGGAGCAGAGGGACUGCAAUGCACUAUUAGUCUGCACGAGCUAAGUGAAACUAAAAGACUCAAUCACUCGAUAAAUACAUAUUACUUACUACUCAGUCCUUUUAUGCUUUCCAUACCGAUACUCCUUCCAGCGCAUCAGCUAAAUAAUGGCAUCAGAUAUAGACCACUUAGUACUUUUACCUUCGAAUCUCUAAGUAACACCAACCCAAUUAGCACCAACUCUCAAGUUUACCUUUCUCCCAAACCAUAUUACUCACGAUUAGCUUUGAAACUUAACCAACUGCCAAGACCAGUGGCAAGUCUAAGAUUGAGCAUACAAAUUCUGCAGACCAACGGUAAAACUCUACAUCCCAUUAUGAAGCUUGUACAGCCAACGUCACGGAUAGAGUUGUUACACAGCCACACGAAGCUUUCUUUCAGGAAAGAAAGUUAAAUUCAGCUUUGAAAGAAACUUUGAGAUAUAGUACUGUUUUCUUUACGUGUUGGCUAAUCUGUAGGAGAAGUUCUGUUAAGAGUCACGAUUGAGUAUGCGUGAAGUUCUAAGAACUAUUAGUAUGUAUCCGGACGACAUGUCAUUCAGGGUUAUGGAGAUUGCCAUUGAUAUUCAGUUCUAAGAGCCAAAGAUGG